CGCCGAUGCUGACACCUCUCCUCCUAGUCACCAUAGCCUGACUUCGGCGUGUUUUGGUGGCUGUGAAGUGUUUCGGGUCCUGUGCCACUUGUGUUUGAUUGUAUGUAGCCUUGGCCCUUGGUUUUACCUUGGGAUGACUCGUCACGCACGAAACUGCACUGCAGGGGCGGUGUACACUUACCACGAGAAACAGAAGGACACGCAAAGUUGCGGCUAUGGAACGCAGCGAAUGCGCCUCGGCAAGGACGCCGUGAAAGAUUUCGACUGCUGCUGCCUGUCGUUACAGCCGUGCCGAAACCCCGUUAUCACACCAGAAGGCUACCUGUAUGACAAGGAAUGCAUCCUGGAGUACAUAAUCAAACAGAAAACAGAGAAUGCACGUCUCCUGAAGGAAUACGAAGCUGAACAAAGGAGAGAGGCUAAAGAACUGCAAGAGCUGGCCCUUGCAGAAGAACGUUCCAUGGCGGAAUCCUUUGUUUGCAAGGAACGCGCCAUUGUGAGCUGCUCAGCAUCGACAUCCUCCUCACUGGGUUCAAGUGUGUCCAAUAUGGUCAAUGGCAAAGACGCUCAGCUGCCAAGCUUCUGGGUUCCCAGCCUGACACCAAGUGCAAAGAAGGACAAAGCUGUCAAACCGAGAAACGUUGUGCUUUGCCCUAUGAGUGGAAACCCAAUCAAGGCCAAGGACUUAAUUCCGAUCAAGUUUACUCCCGUGGUGGACCCCGAUGAGAAGGCAUCCCUCAUUACAAAAAAGGCACGAUACAUGUGCGCUGUGACGCAUGACAUCCUUGGUAACUCCGUGCCUGUCGCAGCGCUGCGAACCUCGGGUAACGUUGUCACGAUGGAGUGUGUUGAAAAGCUGCUGAAGAAAGACUGGGUGGACCCUACCAACAGCAAGCCACUCAAGGAGUCUGACAUCAUUCCACUGCAAAGGGGCGGCACUGGCUAUUCAAGCACCAACCUCGCUCUUGAUGCCAAGGUCAAGAAACCAGUGAUGACUGUGUGAAUCCAGAGCAUGGGCUCUGUUGGCUUCAUUCAUGGGUAAAAAAUAAAUAGCUUUUGAUGGCUGUC